UUCCACCCGCCACAUCAUCCCAACAGCAGAGACGUAGCAGGAAUUCCGCAUCAAAUCUACUGGCCUUCCGUUGCUGAGCGACCAACUAGGUGCCCGGAAGUUCACUAACCAGCUGUUGAUAGUUUUGACUCCGAAGAUCCAGCUGUUUCGGCGGGAUGAAAACAAAAAAGACACGGACAGACCGAUGAUAAGAUUGCUCUGAUGCUCGCAGUUGGACGGCUGCCGCGUAUUUAAACACUUCGAAGCACCAGAGAACACUCCAAUCGCGAGUUGGCGGAGUAUCCAAGCUAGCUAACAGAAUAUGGAUUUGUUUAGGGCUCUACAUUUGGACGAACUGUCCCAUGCACUGGCCGGUUUGUCCAUGUUCCCAUACUUUGACAUGGCGCACUACGUCGUUUCAGUGAUGGCACUUCGAGAACAGCCAGGAGCCCGGGAGGUGGCGCAAAGGAGCCCGUUUGCCUGCUGGUUCAGCUCCAUGCUCUACUGCUUUGGAGGGGGCGUUCUCUCAGGCCUCAUGAUGGCAGAAGCCCCCAUAGCCCCCCUGUCCAACAGCACCAACAUUAUCCUUGCCUCAGUCAUCUGGUACCUGGUGUUCUAUAGCCCCCAAGACGCGGUGUACUCCUGCACAGCCCUCUUCCCCCUGCGCCUGGUUCUCACGGCCAUGAAAGAGGUGACCCGCACCUGGAAGGUUCUGGGAGGGGUUACUCAAGCGCAGAGCAAGUACAAGGAUGACCUGCUGGUGAUGAUCGCUGUAGGAUGGGCCAAAGGUGCCGGCGGAGGGCUAAUCAGCAACUUUGAGCAGCUGGUACGAGGAGUCUGGAAGCCAGAGUCCAAUGAGCUUCUAAAAAUGACCUACCCCACUAAGGUCACCCUGAUUGGAGCGGUACUGUUCGCCUUGCAGCAGAACCAGUACCUGCCAGUCCAGAGGCAUCACCUCAUGCUUCUCUACACCGUCUUCAUCGUCGUCAACAAGACAAGGAUGAUGCUGACCGGUUCGUCAACCUCCCCCUUCGCUCCCAUCGAAUCUCUGGUGUACCGCACGUUGUUCUCUGGGCCAACGGCGUCGUCAUAUGCCGCCCUCACCUCAGGGACCAAGAAUCCCGCGGUGAAGAAGCUGUCUGCAGACAGCUCGGUUAAGAAGAGCCCCAAAGGGGCCUCGGAGAGCCCAAACGGAGCAGCGGUCCCUGAGAAUAAAGCCCCAGGGUCACCGGCCAAUACAGCUGCACACCAUAGGGGAAAGAGCUCCCCGAAGAAGGCCAAAGAGCAGCCGGAAUACGCCGGAUCUGAGGGCACCAAGAAGAGUGAAUAGCCCCCAUUAUUCACUGUACUGUACCGAAAUAAAAUCUAGUUCUGACAGACACAAUUUGACUGUUAAAGCCGUGGGUACACUUUAACUGUGUUUCUAUGCUGUACUUCUCUUCUUUAUCUUGGCUAUGCCAACCUACAGCACACUCUGCAUCCUGUGAUACUGUCAUCCGGUGUGGGUUUCUAUGCCUCUUGGUCCAAACCCUUUCAUGCGUGAUCAGUAGAUAUGCAAGCAAUAUGGUGAAGCUUCACCAUGCUUUGUAAACACAUAUCUAGAUCUUUCAGAUCUUCAGAAGGGUUAUAGCCAAGUGGGAGGAAAUUGGGGCCAGCUGAAUGAGAGCAAGUAGGAUCUGUGCUGGUUUUAAUAUAUUAUAGUAAAUGAAGCUAUAUUUAACUUUUUCUAUCAAAGCUUGAUAAUCCUUUUCUAAUGCUGGGUUGUUGCAUCCUGUGUUUUUCUAAAAGGUUUUGGUGAAAAAUACUGUCCAUUCUGCUGACCUAUGAAUGUCCACCACUGUUGAAAUAUUUUAAUAUAAUAUAUUCUUGUUUACUGUCCUGUACAUUUUCUUCUAUGAAAUGUGUUAAGAUUUUGCAUACAGAGUUUAAAUAAUGACUAUUGUAUUUAUCCUGAAAGAAAUUAACUUGAUUGUACUUUUCUGCACUUUGCUGCACACACUGUCUUGUUUGUGAAUGCUUUAAAUUCCAUCGCUUGACUUGAAAACACUUAAUCAUUUGAAAACAAAAGUGUGAUAAAAUGUUUGGUUAUUCCCCUUUUAAGAUGUCAGUUCAUAAAACAUUGUCAUUGGAGAAAUAUUCAAAUACUCUCAGUGCUCCUUUGAGUCAGCUAAGACUUUCUGAACACUAGCUGAACUCUAUCCUCAACAAAUACCAGGGGGUCCUGGUAUUUUUUUGUAACUUGGGCAUGUUUAGGGGCAAGACACAUUUAAAAUGUCAUAAAUCUGAUUUAAAAGAUAAAUCUCCACCUGCUUUUCUUUUACAA